AUGACAGAAGAUGUGCAAGAGCAGCUUUUUGCGGACGCGUCCACGCUCCUCAUGUUUGCGUCCGCGGCCGCCCGCCAGAGCCUGCCCCCCGAAACCGCAGCCGCCGAGCCCGGCCUGGCCGCGGCUAGACACCCCUACCCGCCGGCUCUGAACCCCGAGCAAACAGCACACAGUCACGCCGCCGCGCCCCCGGCCGGCCCGCCGCGCGGCCCGCGUGCCCCGGGCCGCCCGCUGCUGCAAAUCCCGCCGCUUUUGCGGCCCUCCCACACGCUGCCGCCGUACGCCCCUGGCGGCUACGCGGGCCCCGCCGCCAGCACGCUUGUGCCGCUGCGCCGGCCGCCGCAGAACGUGCUCCCGCCGCUCAAGCCGCUCGCCAUGGCCCGCGCCGCGCCGCCCGGCUUUGCGUACGCGCCCGGGCCCAGCGGCGCCGCCGCAUGCCCGCCGCCCGGGCCCAUCAUGGCCCACCCGGGCUACGGCUACUACGGGCUCGAGGCCGCGCCGCUCCCGCGCAUCUACGGCGGGCCGUACCCAGUGCCGCGGCGCCCCAGCGUGGCCCCGAGCGCCGAGCCCGCCGCCCCGUCGGGCCGCCCCGCGGGGCUGCGCCGGGCCCAAAGCUCCAGCCCCCCAGAGCCCGCGCACGCCGAGCUCCCGGCACGGCCCCAGGACACGCCCGGCGGCACGCACAAACGCACGCUCUCGGAGUCCAGCACGCGGCGGCCCCCCGCCACGUCUCCGGCCGCGUCUCCCGGCGUCGGGCCGUACGCGCGCGGCAUCAACGUGGAGUCCGGCCAGCGCAGCGCGGACAACGCCAUGAUCGCCGCGGCCGCGUUGGCCGCGGCCGCCGACAUGCCGCUCCCGUUGAAGAGCAAGGACGGCGGCGCGCGGCCCGCGCUCUCCGUCGACACGGCCGCGCUUGGGCCGGCCCCACGCGAAGGGCUGGCCCCGAAGCUAGCGCCGGAUACCGACGACGAGAACAAAACGGAGGACGAGCUUGCCUCUUCCGCGGUGCACGAGGCCUUCGGCGCAGCGGUCCUCCCGCCGGCAGUGGCGCUGAGAAAUGCCCGACCGGAGGAGAAGCAGGCGCCGGCAGAAGCCCGACAGGGAGAAACGCAGGCGGCAAAUGUGCCACAGGAGGAGAAGCAGGCACCGGCAGAAUCCCGACAGGGGGAAACGCAGGCGCCGGCAAACGCCCCCCUGGUAGAGAAGCAGGCACCUGCACACGCCCCACGGGAGGAAAAACAACCGCCGCCGCCGGCCGUCAAGCCCGAGCCGGUGCCGGCCGGCGUGCCCCCUCCUCUUGCGUCGUACAAGGUGGAUCCGGACGCCGGUACUAUCGGGUGUAUCUGUGGCAUCGACGAAGACGACGGAUUCACCAUCCAGUGCGACGUGUGCUUCCGCUGGCAGCACUGCUCUUGCAUGGGCUAUCUCACCAACAAGGAGGUGCCUGAGGACGAGUACAAGUGCUACUACUGCGAUGAGCUGAAGUGGAACAAGAUCGACCCGGCCCUGUGCCGCGCCGCCACCAUUGCUCGGCUCGACAUGGACAAGCACAACGACGUGGCCGAGAAGCCGGCCCCCCCUAAGCGCAAGACGCUGAGCUCCGGCAACGACGACAAGAAACGCCGCAGGCUGGACAAGGAUGCGAGGCCGCCCACGGAGAAGCCUCCCAUCGAGAAGCGCAAGUCCCUGACCGCCGCGUCGCCUACGUUGAAGCCGGCGCCUUUGUUCGAAAUUCACAACAAAGACAACCCCCUUCUCGAAGACGGCGCCACGGCUGAGCCCUUCCAGAGCGUGUACUACCGGCUCAAAGAAAAUGAUUACAAGACCCCGGAGGUUAGGAGCGCCAUCACACACGUGGGCCCUCAGUUCUGCGAGACAAUGUCUAUAAGCCAGUUCAAGGCCCUCAAGUUCAGCAAGGUCAGCUUGCCCAACCACCAAAAGUUUUUGCAAGAGAGGAACGAGCUCCGACGGAGCAAGGGCGGGAACAAAACCACCGUGCGAAUGAAGUCCUACAGCGAUAACCCAAAGCAGAAGUUUGUUUCAGUCGUGAAGACAGGGCUUUUCAUCUCGGAAAAUUCUGCUCCGGCCACGGGGGAGGCGGUGAUUCCCGCUGGUACCGUGGUCAUCGAGUACCUCGGAGAAAUCGACUCGUGGGACCUGCACGUGAACAACAAGAUUAACCAAUACCCUCUUUGGGGCACACUCAAACCGAAAGUUGCAAAGGUGAGGCUCUCAAGCUCCGAGACCGAUGGCGUUGAUCUUGUCGUUGACUCCAGGUUUGUCGGCAACGAAGCGAGGUUUAUCAGGAGAUCGUUCUUGGUGGUCACGACCCAAGCGAUCCAUUUAAAGGGGGAGAACUUGGAAGAAGAAUUGAGACUCCCCUGGGAAUGGGACCCUUCGCAUCCCAUCAAUGACAUGAUUCGCUCGAACGAGGAUGGUACCUGGGAGGAAGGAAAAAGGUUUGAAGACUUCACAGAGGAAGAAAAGGCAUAUCUCAUCUCUUGCGUCGACACUAUUCUCAACUUUGUUGAAUGCGCGUGCAACACUAGCAGCAUCAACAAUCAGUGUGCGAUUUUCAAGGUCAAAAAAGCAACCUCUUACCUUUUGAGAUCAAACCGAAAGGCUUCGAGUCUUGGUGGUAGCGGAGCUGGUAAAUCAAAAGAGGAGCUAGUAUUACCGAAGAAGGUAAAGGAGUAUGUUUCCUGGAAGCGCAGGCUCAUUGACCGAGAUUAUGUAUUGCUCGAGGAAAGCCCAUACGCAGAAAGCCAACUCCCAAGUCAGAAUGAGGCAGAGGAUCUUCUGGAUUUGGGCGUCAUUGAUGCAGAUGCAGAGAACACCAAAGACGGAGUGAAUGUGAAUGGAAUUAGGCUUUUCGGAAAAACUUUCCGCAAGAAUUUCUUGGAACAAACUCAACUUUCUUUCACAAGCUAUCACAUUUCAUCUGGAGCUUCCGAACCUCUUGGCGCGAACAGCCUUGUCGGCGAGUUUUCUUCAGACAUGUUGGCUAUCCCUCUCACGAGCGAGGUGCUAGCUAAGAUCAAAAGCCAGGUGAAUGAGGUCUUUGACCCAUGUCCGAAAAUACCAUCAAGUGAGAUUCCGCCUAACAUCACACUUGGAGAGCCUGUAGUGGUUGACAAAAAGCCGCCCGUGGUAAAAAAGUUAUCAUUCGCUGAUUACAAGAAAAAAAAGAAAUAG